GCCUUGUGGAUAUCUGUUGAUCUGGCUUCAGCUCCAAGGACGAAUUGCUUUACAUACAACAUCUUUCAAACACACGCAUAUUUACUCUACUACAUCACGGGAUACUUGGGUGUUUGCAUUGACAGAGCUAUACAAUCAUUGGACUAUCCAUCUCCGAAACCUCUCAUUGACCCAUUCCCUGCAUCGAAAACCCCCCCUCUUGGAAAGAGACUGCUACCUAACGUACCACCCGCACGAUACGACAACAUGGUUCUCAACCAAGCCAAGGUCAAGUCCGUUUUGAGCGGCGACAGUGUCAUUCUGUGCUCCAUUGCACAUCCCGAUCGCGAGCGAACACUUUCCCUUGCUUAUUGCACGUCACCACAUCUGAAGAAGGAAGGAGACGAGCUAUGGGCAUACGAAUCGCGUGACGCUCUGCGAGAGCUACUCGUUGGAAAAGUCGUGCAGUUCUCUGUACUGUACACAAUCCCCAACACGAAGCGCGAAUAUGGUGUCAUUUACCUCAAUGAUGGCCGCAAGCUGCCUGAGGAGAUGGUCAAGAACGGCUGGCUCAAGUUGAGAGAGGAUGCUGGUCGAAAGGAGGACUCUGAGGAGGCUUUGCAACAAUUGGAUCAAUUGCGACUUUUGGAAGCCAAGGCUCGGUCUGACGAUUUGGGCCUCUGGUCACCAAAUUCUAAUCGCAUUGAGGUCCAACACGAUAUGGGUGACGCUCCAGCUUGGUUGGAGAAGUACAAGGGCCAAACACUUGACGGUCUAGUUGAGCGUGUAUUGAGCGGCGAUCGCAUGCUCGUUCGUGUGAUUCUUUCGCCCACCAAACACGUCCAAAUUAUGACCUUGGUUGCUGGCAUUCGAGCCCCAAUUACCGAGCGAGUUAACCCUUCAAACGGCCAAACACAGCCUGCAGAGGAAUACGGAAACGAGGCCCGAAAGUUUGUUGAGGACAGAUUAUUACAGCGAAACGUCAAGCUUGAUAUUCUUGGGCUGAGCCCCCAGAAUCAGCUGAUUGCAUCGGUGAAGCAUCCUAGAAAUGGCACAAUCGCGAAAUUCCUCCUUGAAGCCGGUCUUGCGAGAUGUACCGAUUUCCACUCGACACUUCUUGGCGCGGAUAUGGCAACACUCAGAGAAGCUGAGAAGGUGGCACAACAAGGCAAGCGUGGUGUGUACAAGGAUCAUGUUGCAAAGGCCGCCACGGCUGGAGGAAACUUGGAGGCUCAAGUCACGAGAAUCUUCAGCGCCGAUGUUAUUUUCGUUCGGAAUAGAGCUGGCGUUGAAAAGCGUAUCAGUCUUUCCAGUGUUCGUGGCCCUCGCCCAACAGAUGCUGCAGAGGCACCGUUCCGCGAUGAGGCCAAGGAAUUCCUGCGAAAGAAGAUCAUUGGAAAGCACGUACGACUAAGCAUUGAUGGUACACGCCCAGCCACUGAGGAGUACGACGCCAAGGAGGUUGCUUCUAUUACUUUCAAUGACAAGAAUAUUGGACUGUUAUUGGUUUCCGAAGGAUGGUGUUCAGUAAUUCGUCAUCGUCGUGAUGAUACUGAUCGAGCUCCAAAUUAUGAUGAAUUAUUGGCUGCACAAGAAAAGGCCAAGGAGGAAAAGAAGGGAAUGUGGUCAGGAAAGCCUGCAAAGGCAAAGCAAUACGCAGAUGCAUCCGAGUCACUCCAAAAGGCCAAGAUGCAACUUCCAGGACUUCAACGACAAAAGAAGGUUCCAGCAAUCGUUGAUUUCGUAAAAGGCGGAUCAAGAUUUGUUGUCCUGAUUCCACGUGAGAACAUCAAGCUGAACUUUGUUCUGGGAGGUAUUCGCGCCCCAAAGUCCGCAAGAGGUCCUAACGACAAGGCUGAGCCAUUCGGUCAAGAGGCACACGACCUUGCUACGAAGCGAUUGACUCAACGAGAUGUUGAGGUUGAUGUGCACAGCAUUGACAAGGUCGGUGGAUUUAUUGGAGAACUGUAUAUCAACAAGGAGUCGUUUGCAAAGAUUCUUGUCGAGGAGGGAUAUGCCACUGUUCACGCAUACUCUGCCGAACAAGCCGGAAACGCUACCGAAUUGCUCGGUGCGGAACAGAGAGCAAAGGAUGCACGCAGAGGACUUUGGGUUGACUGGGAUCCAUCUCUUGAUGUUGCCGAGGAAGAUUCUGCUCCAGCAAACGGAUCCAACGGCGAUGCCGUCAUUCCACGCGAGAAGGAUUACCGCGAUGUAAUGGUCACCCAUAUCGACGAGAACUGCAAGCUGAGGCUUCAAGUCGUCGGCACAGGAACAUCUGCUCUCGAAACCAUGAUGACUCAAUUUAAGUCCUUCCACAUGAACCCCGCAAACAACGCCGGACUUUCAGGCCCACCAAAGGCUGGUGAGUACGUCGCAGCUAAGUUCAGCGAGGAUGGCGCGUGGUAUCGUGCUCGCAUACGCUCCAACGACCGCGCUGCAAAGGAAGCAGAGGUUGUCUACGUCGAUUACGGUAACAGCGAAAAGAUCCCAUGGUCUCGCCUCCGCCCUCUUUCACAACCUCAAUUCUCGCCUCAAAAGCUCCGACCACAAGCUGUUGACGCCGUCCUCUCACUAAUGCAGUUCCCAACCAACGCUGACUAUCUCGCCGACGCAGUCGCAUACAUUACGGACGCCACAGCUGGAGCCCAAUUGGUCGCCAACGUCGACUACACCGCCCCAGAAGGCACUCUGUAUGUCACGCUUUACGACGAAAAGACCAGCACCAACCUCUCUGAUAGCAUCAACUCUGAUAUCGUCGCCGAGGGCCACGCUAUGGUUCCACGCAAGCUGAAGCCUUGGGAGCGUGGUUUCGGUGAUGUCCUGAAGGCACUUCGCGAGAAGGAAGAGCAGGCUAUCCAGGAACGUAGAGGUCUUUGGGAGUACGGUGAUCUUCGCGAGGAUUAAUUCUGAGGCGAUGUGAUACGGGAUAGGGUAUGUCUGUCAGCUUUGCUUCUUGCCGUGCAGUGAGGCUGGUUGAAUCUUCGUGUUCCCGCUUUCACUUUGGACUUGGCCAGCUGGCGAUGGAUAGUAUCUAUCUACCUCUACAUUCUCUCCUCGUUGACUUCUAAUUCAUGGUUCCCGAUUAUUUCUUCCUCACUUUCUGGCGACUCGCAUUCAUUCAUGCAUGCAUGGCAAACAAAAAAAGUUACGACUGAUUGGGUGGCAUUGUGGCAUUGUUUGUUGGCAUGGUUGAUUGGUUCCUUGGUGGUCUGGGUCUGAAGGAUGGAUGAAUGGAUGAUCAAAAAUAACAUAAAUGAAACGAGAUCAAUGAAUGCAUUAUGGAUUUUAUGAUUGUGUGAUUUUCUUCGACUGCCUUGAUUUGCUUCCGUGAGAGCUUGCUUGCCCCCUGGUUAGAUUUCUGCCAUGGCUUGCCACAUUUAGGUUCCUCUCUUCACUGCUAGCGAUUCCCUCUGGCCUGUCCGUCACGACCCUGUUUCUUUCUACUAGGUAGGAGUUAUUGAUACUGGCCCUAUCAAUCAACCACUAAAUAGACACACUUCAUGUGGGUGCUAUUCCAGCUUCACAAGGAUAAAAGAUCUGUCGCGACUUCGUUUCCUUCUCCGGAUGCAAAAAUCCUCCAAGUAGUCGACAAAUUCGAGGCUCAACUUCAAAUCGAAUCUCAAAAGCUGUGCUACUUCUCUUACAACGGUACCAAGUGAGGCGAAUUUCAAACACGUUGCGUACCACCGAGGAAAAUCCUGACCAGCAUACAGAUACUGUCUCAACAACCAUCCAAGUUUUUCGACCUCUCGGAAAUGCAGCACUACUGGAAACAGCGAGACCGUGACCGUCUCAGUCGAUUCGAUUAUCUCGAGAAGUUAUCCAGACCAACAGGGAACAUUCGGAAAGAUGUCGGAAGCCUUGGAGAUUGUUGGAAAUUGCACCAGAGGCCCAAUCGAAUCCACUAAGCAAGCUCGCGAUAUCCAAUAUCAUCCCUAUAUUGACAACCCCGCCAUCACUCAGAUAAACAUGUGGAUCCAUGCACUUGAGCAAGGUAUGCAGGUCUGUGCUCAGGCGAAGAAGGGUUUCGAAGAUAUCCUCGCGUUACAGUAUCGAAUUGAUGUUAUUACUAUGAAGUCUUGAGAAUGGGUAGGACGUUAGGAGAAGGCACCACAGGCAAGCGGGAAGGAAGGUAGUUGAAGUUGUAAACGAUGUUUUGAUUUCGCUUCGCAAGUACCAGGCCCGCUUCGACUUCUUGAUUUGGCUGCAGGUGUGCAGGAAGAAUGGCAAAUUAUCUUGAGGGCGCCCAAUAACCAGUAUAGUCUUGCAUCAAAGAAAAUUAUUCUCUCUGCUUUCACUCUAUACACCUGUUUCCCAGCAGGUUCUGAUAUGCGUGGCUUCCAGUGAAUAUUCCGGGAUAGAAUGGUCAGUGAGAAGGCACCAGUUCCAAUGUUGAAGCGGACGUCAAUGGACAUGAAUGCAUUCCAGGAUAUGGCAUGUGAGAUUCUUACAUAUCGAUGACCUUCUAGUAGUCCCAUCCCCCUUAGCUCCCGUCUCCCAAUGUCAAGUAUCAAACGAACGCCAUCCCAAAAAGCCGAAAUCCGCUCUGUGCUGGCUGAGUACCCAUCCACGCCACUCCCCGCCCACAAGUAUAAAAACUUCUCCUAACUACAAAGACAAAAUGUCAACAGCCAAAUACAUGCUCCGUCACUGCUCAAACUCCACGACCUUCUGCGUAGCGGUACUUGCGGUUCUGACUCUGCCACCAGCGCCACCGGUUGAGAAUGUUGGGUUUAGAGUUGAUUGCUUGACUUCGCUCACUGCAUCCCCUUUAAUGCUGCCAGCUUCUGCAUCGGCACCUUCGAGGAGAUCGCGAUCUUCCGAACGGACACUGCGACGCUCUGCAUCCCCGUUAUAUGCGCCUGAUGUACGAGUAUCGUAAGGCUCAUCUUCAUCCUCGU